CUUAGCCAAUACUUUGUAAUCGACAGCGCCGCGAUGCGGAAGGUUUUCGCAUCCUUCUGAGAAGUUAUUGUGAGUGAUUCGCCAUCGCCUCGGGACAUACUGUGGGCCGAUACCUUCAUCCUGCAGGAUCGUACGCUGCGGAAAAUCGGACAGUGCAUAAAUCUGUGUGUGACUUUCCGGAGUGGUUGGAAAAUUCGAGAUCAGAUUUUUCUUUUCUCGGACCUUCGAAAGUGAAUAUAGUUUCGGGACCCACUACUUUCAGUUACGAUUGCAGAGAGUAGCAAAUUGUGAAGUGGAGUAUCGUAGCGUAGAUCCAGAAAUUUAUGGAUCAUUGUUAUGGAUUUUAUCGCCUGGACUUGGAUUAUUCCAAAUAAUCGGUUACAGUGUCAGAAGUGUAUAAACUUGCUGUGUGUGAUUUACUGAACUGAAACCCGAAGUGUGUUUGACGAAGUUCUCCGGAAGCCACAUAGAAGUGAUCCCUAUGGACUGUUGUAUGCACUAUAGAUUCGUGAAGUGAUCUCAAUGAUGGAGGACACGCAAUAACUGGAAAACUUUUCGGAGGAGCGGUGUGAACAUUUAAGGAAACCAUAUUGGUUCGCUUUCCAUCCAAGGACGUAUUAUUAAGGUUUGAGGCUACCGUCCCUCUCUCCCCAUCACCUGGAACCACCACCACCAGCCCCCCACAGGAAGGAUUUCGAUAAACCCAAGCGCCGGAGAGGAAUCCGGAGAAAGGAAAAUUAUGGCUAACCCACAGCUUCUGUGGGCGUUAGUCCUGCUCGGCACUUUGACGCUGCUGCCGGCGACGAUUGAAGCCGCACGCUUCGAAUGUCAACAGGAAGGCUUUGCAACCGAUCCGAAUGAUUGCAGCGCAUUCUAUCGAUGUGUACAGGAAGAUGACAAACUGGUAGCAUAUAAAUUCAACUGUGGGCCAGGAACCGUUUACUCCAUGGUAGAAAACACUUGUGUUCAUCCGAGUAAUUCCGAGCGAAUGGAAUGCGGCGGUGGAAACAAUGAAAUUGACGGAAAUGACAAUUACCAGACGGCGGGCGAAGCCUCAAAUGCACAGGGAACAACAGACCAAUCUGUUCAACCGAAGCCUGCGCAAGACACACAACAGCCAGAGGCGCCACAGCAAUCGAACGAAUCGUCGCAACCAUCUGAACCUCAACAGCCUGCCCAACCUGAACCAUCUGACAAUGAGAAUGAUCUCAAUUCUAACAUUGAUGAAAACAAUGAUUCGGAGGGAGGCUAUGUCUACGAGAAGCCUUCAUCAUCGCUCGAGCAACAAACAGCUGUUGCGGAUGAUGGUUCCCCUUGCACCGAGGAAGGUUUUGUAGGUGACUUACUGGAUUGCCAAGCCUUCUAUCGAUGCGUAGCGGACGGAAAAGGUGGUUUCACUAAAUAUCCCUUCCGUUGCGGCGACGGAACAGUUUGGGACGACCGGAUCAACGCGUGUAAUCACGAUUAUGCUGUUGAGCGUUGCACGAAAAAUGCGGAAAACGACUACGUCGUAAAUACGGAAAGCUUCAGUCAGAUGAAUGCCUCAGCGGAACAAAACAUGACUCAAUCCAGCGGAUCCAUGACGUCGAACGGUGUUACAACAAACACGACUUCUUCACAAAAUAACAGUAGCAGCAGCAUGAGUAGCUAUCAAAAUCAGACUAUGUCGACCAAUGAUGGUCAAGGUAGUUCUACGCAAUCCUCAACUAGCAGUUCAAGUUCCAGCAGCAGCAGUAGCAGUAGCAGUAGUAGCAGUUCAAGUAGCUCAAGCAGUUCUUCUUCAGGUAGUAACGGAAGUAAUCAAAGCCAAGGAUCUUCGAACAAUAACCAAGGCUCCAGCAGUCAGUCGAACAAUCAAAACCAAGGUUCGAACAGCAACAGCCAGUCCAGUAACCAGAAUCAAGGAUCAAACAGUCAAAGCAACAAUAAUCAACAAAGUUCGUCUAAUAAUAAUCAAUGGAGCAACCAGAACCAGAAUCAAAACAACAACAAUCAGGGCAGCAGUCAGGGAUCAAGCAGUAGUAACCAGAAUCAAGGAUCAAGCAGCGGUCAAAGCCAAAGCAAUCAGUCGAAUCAGCAAAAUCAAAACUCGAGUAGUAAUCAGAAUCAAGGCUCAAGCAGCAGCCAACAGCAGAGCAGUCAAAACCAAAACAGUAAUAACCAGUCGAGCAAUCAGAGCAACAACCAAGGUUCAAGUAGCAGUAGCAGUAACCAGAAUCAAGGAUCUAAUCAACAGCAGAAUCAAAACAAUCAAAACAGUCAAUCAUCCAGCAAUAAUCAAAGCAAUCAGAACAAUCAAUCGUCUAGCAGUAAUCAAAAUAAUCAAAACAGUCAAAACAAUCAAAACAAUCAGUCGUCCAGCAGCAAUCAAAAUAAUCAAAACAACCAAAACAAUCAAUCAUCCAACAAUAGUCAAAGCAAUCAGAGCAAUCAAUCGUCCAGCAGUAAUCAAAAUAAUCAAAACAAUCAGAAUAAUCAAAGCAAUCAAUCCAAUAACAAUAAUCAAAACAACCAAAAUAACCAAGGCAAUCAAUCCAAUAACAAUAAUCAAAACAACCAAAAUAAUCAAAACAAUCAAUCAACCAGCAAUAAUCAAAACAAUCAAAACAACCAGAACAAUCAGGGCAAUCAAUCAUCCAACAAUAACCAAAACAAUCAAAACAAUCAGAGCAAUCAGAAUAAUCAAAAUAAUCAAGGCAAUCAGAACAAUCAAAAUAAUAGUAACAAUAAUACUAACCAAUCUGGGUCAUCGGAGAAUGGAAACUCAAACCAAUCGAACAAUAAUCAAGGCUCAGGUUCCGAAAAUCAGGGCUCACAAGGGUCUGAAGGCCAAAGCUCGAACAACAAUAAUAAUGAAGCAGCCCACACCACUCAGGCUCCAACAAAUGCACCACCACACCAACAAGCAACUACGGAACCAUCCGAAACAGGCUCAACCCAAGCUCCGUCGAACAUUGAAGCAUCAACAGCUCCUUCCGAGUCUUCAACUUCGGAUGCCACCACCGUUGCACCAGUCACAACAACUGAUGACAGCACUGAUCCAGAUCUUAACGAAGUACAAACGACAUCAACUGCAGCAACUGCGGCUACAACCACAACAUCUUCAACGACACCGUCAACAGGUGCCCCGCCGACUGAGCAAACCGCUCCUGCUGGUUCUACCGCUACAACCACAAAUAGUGCAACCGCUACUCCGACCCCCAACAGGCCAAAUGAACUACAAACGACAACAACUGCUAAACCUACUUCUACCGGCGGCGGAAACGGCGCAUCUCCGAGGUGCACCAACGAUGGAUUUAUGGGUGACCCACAGGAUUGUCAAAAGUUCUACCGUUGUGUGUCGAAUGGACAAGGAGGAUAUACGAAAUAUGAUUUCAAAUGUAGUGAUAAUACGGUUUGGGAUGACAGUAUUUCGAACUGCAAUCACGCUUGGGCUGUCGAGAAUCCAACUUGUCGUCAAGAACUUGCAGGGCAGGGUUCUGGAUCGGACGGCUCGAACAAUAAUCAAGGUCCAAGCGGCCCCAGCAAUAACAAUCAAGGUCCAAACGGGCCGAGCAAUAAUAAUCAAGGUCCCAAUGGUCCCAACAAUAAUAAUCAAGGUCCAAAUGGUCCCAACGGUCCAAAUGGUCCUAACGGGCCUAACAAUAACAAUCAAGGGCCAAGUGGACCUAACAAUAACAAUCAAGGCCCCAAUGGUUCAAACAAUAAUAAUCAAGGUCCAAACGGUCCCAACAAUAACAGUCAAGGUCCAAACGGUCCCAGCGGUCCAAACGGUUCCAACGGUUCAAAUGGUCCAAAUGGACCAAGCGGUCCAAACGGGCCAAGCAAUAGCAACCAAGGACCAAGUGGACCUAACAAUAACAAUCAAGGCCCAAGUGGUUCAAACAACAAUAAUCAAGGUCCAAAUGGUCCCAACAAUAAUAGUCAAGGUCCAAACGGUCCCAGCGGGCCGAACGGUCCCGAUGGUCCAAAUGGACCCAGCGGUCCAAAUGGACCCAGCGGUCCAAAUGGUCCAAACGGUCCAACUGGUCCAAAUGGACCAAGCGGUCCAAACGGGCCAGGCAAUAACAACCAAGGACCAAGUGGGCCUAACAAUAAUAAUCAAGGCCCAAGUGGUCCAAACAACAAUAAUCAAGGUCCAAAUGGUCCCAACAAUAACAGUCAAGGUCCAAACGGUCCCAGCGGGCCGAACAGUCCAAAUGGACCCAGCGGUCCAAAUGGUCCAAACGGUCCAAACGGUCCAAAUGGUCCAAACGGUCCAACUGGUCCAAAUGGACCAAGCGGUCCAAACGGGCCAGGCAAUAACAACCAAGGACCAAGUGGGCCUAACAAUAACAAUCACGGCCCAAGUGGUCCAAACAACAAUAAUCAAGGUCCAAAUGGUCCCAACAAUAACAGUCAAGGUCCAAACGGUCCCAGCGGGCCAAACGGUCCCGAUGGUCCAAGCGGUCCGAAUGGUCCAAACGGGCCGAGCAAUAACAACCAAGGACCAGGAGGUCCUAACAAUAAUAAUCAAGGUCCAAAUGGAGAAAAUAAUAAUAACCAAGGCAGUUCAGGAGGUCCAGGAGGACCGGAAGGACUUGGUGGUCCAGGAGGUCCAGGAGGUCCAGGAGGACCAGGAGGUUCGGGAGGUCCAGAUGGACCGAAUGGUCCAGAAGGUUCGAACGGUGGUCCAGGGAGUCCAGGCGGUCCGGCAGAACCAGGAAGUCCAGGUAGCCCCGGAGGUCCAGGCCAAAGUAAUCAAACCAAUUCAACGCAAUCUACUGUACCCCCAUGCCAACAAACAACUACAACUAGUGCUCCAGCUGUGCCUGCCGGAAGCAAUGGUAUUUGUGAACGAGAAGGUUUUAUGGAACAUGAAUCCAACUGCAAAAAAUUCUAUCGGUGUGUGGAUAACGGAAAUGGAGGUUACACACGAUAUGAAUUUAGUUGUGGUGCUGGUACUGUUUGGGACAACGAUAUAUUGGCAUGUAACCACCCGGGAUCGGUCCAGAAUUCGAAAUGCGGAACAGGUGGUCAGAAUCCUUCUGAAAACACUGAAGGCCGUCCUGAUGGAGGCAGCCAACAAGGACCCGGAAAUACUUAUCUACCACCAGAGCAGUCAAAUAAACCUACGGAAGCAAUGCCAAGUACAGAGAUGUCCACUGAUGUUCCAUCAACUGGCACUUCUGAUGCACAAACUACGAUAGCCCAAGAAUCAACGCCAAGUACAAGUUCGAUGGAAACAACAGGAUCCACAGACACUACCAUUACCACCCAAGAAACAACAGAAUCGCCGAAAGAAGAGACAACUGCAUCGGUUCCAGAAACCACAGCAACCCCGGCUAAAGAAACCUCAACAGAUACAGCUCAGGAAACCACAACUGCAGCAACCCAGGAAACCACAAUAACGACACAAGAGCAAGAAACAACCCCACCAAAUCCUGAACAAACUACUAAAACCGCUGAGGAGACUACUUCACCUACAAGUCAGACAGAUGGCACUAGUUCUACUCAAGAAUCAAGCACCAGUUUUACAACAGACCAACCAACUACACCACAGGAGCAAAAUCAAACAACAACAGAAACUACCGAACAAACCACUGAAACUCAAUCCGCUACUACGCUUUCACCAGAAGGAUGUGAAACCGAAGGAUUCAUGACGCAUCCGGAUGAUUGUCAUAAGUUCUAUCGUUGUGUAGACAAUGGUAAAGGAGGUUUCAGCAAAUAUGAAUUUACCUGUGCUGAUGGAACUGCUUGGGAUGAUGGAAUUCAAUCUUGCAACUAUGAAUACGAAGUUGCGAAUUGUGGAGCUGGUGGUCCCUCGGAACCAGCCUCACAGAGCACUCAAGCCCCACCAGAUUCGGAAAAUCAAAUGACUACCACGCAAUCGUCUGUAUCCACGACUCAAAUGAACACUGAAAGUACUGCACAAGAGUCAACAGAUGCGCCAACUACUCCAGCUCUAGAGACGACAACUCCUUCUGCUCCAGAAACCACUACGGCUGCUACUCAAGUAACCACAACCGUUGCGGCACAAGAAACAACAACUCUAUCAGCUCAAGAAACCACAACUACAUCGGCUCCAGACACCACAACAACCUCUGCUCAAGAAGCCUCAACAGCUCAGGAAACAACUACGGCAGCUCAAGAAUCUACAGUGAAUCCUGCCCAAGAAACGACAACUGCUUCUGCUGAAGAAACCACAACUACCGCAAGUCAGCAAACCACAACAGCUCCAACUCAAGAAACCACAACUGUUUCGGCUCAAGAAACAACAACUGCUGCAGCUCAAGAAACGACAACAACUCCUGCACAAGGAACAACAACAAAUGCGGCGGAAGAAACCACUACAGCUGCAGGCCAGGAAACAACAACAACUUCGACUCCUGAAACCACGACUGUUUCAGCUCAAGAAACGACGACAACUUUAGCACAAGAAACUACGACAACUUCCGCACAGGUGACCACAACAACCCAGGACACAACAACAGUUCCAGCAACAUCUGAAAGUCCAACGACGACAGCUGAAGGUGCAACUAUGACGACUUCAUCGGCAGAAUCAACCCCCGCGGAAGAAAAGCAAGAAACUACCUCUCAAACAACCGAAAGUUCUACUUCUGGACAGGAAACUACAACAAACACCUCGGGUCCAGAGACAACACCUGCUCAACCAUCGAGUGGAGAGUGUACAUCUGAGGGUUUCAUGGGCGAUCCUAAUAAUUGCAAAAUGUUUUAUCGCUGUGUCGAUAAUGGUAAAGGGGGCUACACAAAAUACGACUUCACAUGCGGCGACGGUACAGCUUGGGAUCAAGAUCUGCAAACUUGUAACCAUGCCAAUGUAGUUGAAAUGUGUGGAAAUCAAACAGGUAAUAAAAACGAGUCAUCAACAACAUCUAGCCCAUCUACUUCCUCUCAACCACCCAUGAGUUCAACUCAAGCAUCUAGUACUGCUAGCACACCCUCAUCUACUACCACUGCUGCCACCACAACCACUACCAAUACUAACACUACUACCUUCCAACCUAACUCCUCCACCCAAACAAGCAUGAGUCCCUCUUCCUCUAGCAUGACCACCCAAAGCAUGGCUACUGCAAGCUCAAGCAUGACUACCACAAACCCGAGCAUGAUAAGUUCAUCAUCAACAUCCACCACUUCUGCAAGCACAGAAGCUUCGUCAGCAACAAGCAUGUUAGAAUCAUCUUCGACAAGCAUGACAUCAUCAACAUCAUCUAUGACCCCUGUUAACUGCACCGAGGCGGGCUUCUUUUCGAAUCCUGAUGAUUGUACAAAAUUCUAUCGUUGCGUCGAUUGGGAUGGGAAGGGUGAAAACUUCUCCGUCUUCCACUUCGAUUGUCCCGAAGGUACAAUUUGGGAUCCUGCUGUAAAUACCUGCAAUCAUGAAAAUAACGUAUCACCUCCACGAGACUGUGGUGGAAGAACAACCUCUUCCGAAUCAUCCUCAUCUACCGAAACGACAAAUAUAGCAAGCACAGAAGUUGAAUCUACUACCACUUAUAUUAUAGGAGAAGCCACAACGAAUCCCACAACAGAUCAAUCCGGCAUGGAAACAACUACCGCGGUUAGUGCAGAAAGUACGACAUCGCAAGAAACGACAGCUGGCACAGAAACCACAACAAUCGUCAGCGAAUCUAUGACGACUACACAAGGGCAAUCUGAAAGCACUACUUUGUCAGAAACAGAAAGCUCAAGUCAACCGAUCACAGAAAGCACCACUUCAGUCCCUACUGAAGGCACAACUCAGACAGGAGAAGCAACAACCACCCAGAUGAUUACCGACGGCACAACGCAACCGGAUCAAGAAACAACUACACUAUCCGAAACGACAUCCACUCGAGAGUCAGCAGAAAGCACUACCCAGUUGGUUACGGAGGGCACAACCCAGCCUGGUGAGGAAACAACAACCGUUGCAGAAUCUACAACAGUUCCAGAACCGGCGGCAGAAAGCACAACACAGACAAGUAUUGAAACCACAACGCAGCCCGGCCAGGACACAUCAACCCAACCAGCCGAAGGUGGACAAGAAACGACAGCUCAGUCAACGACUGUCGUUGGGCAGGAAACAACUGCUCAAUCGACAGAAGCUGGAGAACAGACGACAACCGAAGCCGGGUCGGAAACAACCACUCAGGCCGCUUCCGAAUCCACAACUGGAGCGGAAUCAUCGGAAGCACAAACUGAUGCGACGACAAUGCCGUCCGAUGGUGAAACAACAACAGCAGGUGGUAUACCAGCUGCUACAGAAGCCCCACAACAGUGUCCAGAGGGAUGCCAGAGUAGCUGUCCACCGGUUGAAGAUGGACAGACCAGCUUCGUGUGUCCAACAGGGUUCCGUCGACAUCCACAGGAUUGCAAUAUGUUCUACCAAUGUACCCAGAAACAAAACAGCUACGACUACAGUAUUGUGGUAUUCAGUUGUCCGAAUGCAACAGUUUACAACGAGGAGGGCAUUCAAUGUAAUGAACCUGCCGCGGGAGACGAUCGCUGUCAAUCAGCUAGUUUACGAGCACUGCGAAGUGCCAUUGGACCACAAGUUCCAGUUAUGGAGCUUAGUUCAACGAAGCCACUCUGUCCGACAGAGGGCCAUUUCGCCUUGAAUGAUCAGAAGUGCAGCUCGACGUUUGUACGCUGUGUGGCCGGCCGAGGGCGUAGCAGUACGAAACUUCAACCGAACAUGUUCCGCUGCCCAAAGGGUUACGUAUACUGGAACGUUAGUCGGCGCUGUGAGCGUGUAGCCAAAAUACCCGAAUGUAGAGGUGCCUCGAUGCAGGAACGCUCCGAGCUACCCAUCGAAUGGAUCAACAUCGGCAACAGACGCAGAAGCUUGUUCUAAAAUCGAUCGAACUCUUCGAACUAGACCGACAGGAAAUACUCAAAUGUGUAAAGGAUUUAGUCAACGACUCAUGAAGCGAUCGCGAUGAGACACGCGUACUUAGUGUAGUGAUUUAGUUUUAGCAUAAAAAAUAUUAGAAAUAGCCCAUUACUGUUAAGCUGCCACAAACAGGACUGAUUUGUACUAAAGUUAUGAACGCACACUCGUACACGACGAAUCGUUGCCUCUUGAGGCCAGAGAGAGAGUGAAUCUGCACACAUGCGACAUCUGUCUAGUUCUAGUCAGGAGGAUGUCAUAUUUAGUAAUUGCCACUCGAAAGCCAUAAUUCAGAACAUUCGAAAUGACCAAAAUACGCUACUAAGGGCAAAAACCAUGAGUCAUUUGAAGUUGCACAAAAAUUGUACAUAUUUUCCCGCCUUUCCGGAGGUAAGAAAAUAGCAUCCGGGGAUACAGUUUUUUUUUUGGUAGCCGCGAUUGAUUAGAGAAGUAGAACUUCGAAGCCAGAGCAUUUUCGCAUCCAGUUCGUGGGACGAUUGUUUCCCUUCCAUGACCAUAAGUGUUACCAUACCAAGUUGCAGCUAGCUUUUCCUGAAAACGAGCCUUUUCGCACUCGUACCAAUGGGCAAACAUAUGAGCGAUUAUUGUUUUCAGGAAAAGAAAACGCCAUACGCAUCGUACGCGAACUAUUUGUGAAUAGAAAUAAAAGAGCUCGGUGUAACAAUGUAACUAGAUGUAAGCGAAUGAAUGAAUAAAAGUAAUUUAUUGUAAA